AUGGAUUCUUUAAAGUUUAAUAUUAAAGUGCCUUUGCUUGAGAAAGCAGCCUCAAAUAUGAAAGACAUAAUAUCUCACAUAAAAUUAAACGAUGGUAUUUAUUUCGAUAAGAAUAAAUAUGAUGAGAACGAUAUAAUUAUGAAUUUAGAAUGUACGAAUAUCUAUAAAAAGAUUGAAACGAUGAAACAUAUUCUUAUAGCUCAUAUAUUAAAAAUAGAUGUAUCCAAUUUAUUUUUUGAUGUAUUAAAAAAUAUAUCUAUAAAUAAUUUAACUCUUAAAAAAUUAAUAUAUAAUUAUUUAAUACUAUAUGCAGAAGGAAAUGAAGAUUUAACAAUAUUAACAAUAAAUUCUUUUAAAAACGAUUUAAAUAAUAAUAAUUACCAAAUAAGAGCUUCAGCAUUAAAAGCUAUGGCAUCUAUAAAAUCUAUAGAUAUGAUAAAUAUAUUAAUGAAUUCUUUAAAAAAAUUAUCUAAAGAUAAAUCACCAUACGUUAGAAAGUCAUGUGCAGAUGUUAUACCUUCUAUAUAUAAUAUAGAUAAAGAUCAAUUUGUGUUUUUAAGAAAAAUACUUUUAGAUUUAAUAAAUGAUCAAGAUGUUGUAGUACUCUCCUCAGCAAUCAUGUCAUUUAAUUCGUUAUGUAUAUAUAAUCAUACAUAUGGUAACAAUAAUUAUGAUAAUAAUAAUAUAAAUAAUUGUGAUUUCACUUUACAAGACUUUCAUAAUUUUAAACCAAAUAUUUACAAAUAUGUAAGUUCGAAUGACUUGAAUUAUCUAGAUAAAAAUAAUUCGGACUCUUAUGAUUUUCUUUAUCUCUCAUCAUAUGAACAUUUUUGUAAAAUUAACUGUAUAGAAAAUGAAAGGUGUAAGAUGAGUGAACAAAAAGAUGGCAUGUUAGAAGGAAAGGAAAACCAACGUCCAAAGGAUGAAACGGAUGAUAAUAAUAAUAAUAAUAAUAAUAAUAGAUGUGAUGAUGAUAAUAAUAAUAAUAGAUGUGAUGAUAAUAAUAAUAAUAAUGGAUGUGAUGAUAAUAAUAAUAAUAUUGGAUGUGAUGAUAAUAAUAAUAAUAAUAAUAAUGCUAGAGUUAAUCAUAUCCAUAUGAAUGAAAACCAUAUUGAUAAAAAAAAAAAUAAGGAUGCUCCUAAUAUAUUUAUGAAGGACAAUUUUUUGGAAGAUCCAAAAGAAUGUUCAAGUUAUAAAGAAAAUAAUGAAAUGUAUAAUUCAUUAUUAUGCUUACAUCCAUAUUAUUACAAGUUAUGUUCUUAUUUAUUAAUUAUGCAUCCAUAUCAUCAAACAUAUCUCAUUGAUCUUUUAUUACGAUAUUGUAAAAUGUUUUACAAAGAUCCGCUUAGUAAUAAAAAAAUUAAUUUAAAAAAGAAAAUGAAAAAGGAAAAUAACUUGAUAUGCUAUAAUCGUAGUUUUAUAAAUAAUCAAAGUUGUUAUCUUCACAAUAUUGAUGAAGAUGAUUUUUCUUCAUAUGAUAUAGAUAUAGAAAUAUUUAUAGAUAAAUUAUUAUUAUUAUUAUCAUCCAAUAGUUACAGUGUUGUUUUGAUGUGUAUAUCUUCCUUAUACCAUUUGACAAAAUUUUUUUAUAAAGAAUAUAUAAUAGAUUCUAUAAUAAAUACCUUAUUUAGAUGUACUAUGGAAAAGAAUGAAGAUAUGUAUGAAAUAUUUUUAAAAAGUGUAAAACAUAUUAUUAUAUAUUUAAAAGAUGAUUUUGUAAAAUACAUAUCUUUUUUUUAUAUCAAACCUCAAGAUAAUAAUAUUAUAAAAUCUAUAAAAAUAGAUCUAUUAUAUAUAUUAAAAAAUGAUUAUAAUAAAAUUAUUAUAUUAGAAGAAUUUUUACAUAUUUUAUAUAUUCCUGGUAAUACUGAAGAUAUUAUAAAAAAAUUGUUCUCUUAUAUAACAUCUAUAGCUUUAACAAAUUCUAUUUGUUUAUCAAGGGCUAUGCAGCAUAUUAUUAUUAUGUUAAAUUCAAAUAUUAAAUUAUAUUCAUAUCAAUCCAUAUUAUCUUUAAGAAAAUUAUUACAACAAAGUCAUAAAAAUCAAAUUGUCCAAAUUCUUUUUUUUUUAUGUAAAAUCUUAUUAUCUAUUCAACUAGAAGAAGUUAAAAUAUCAAUCCUUUGGACCUUAACUAAAUAUCAAAAAUAUAUUGAUCCUUUAUUAUUGUAUGAUAUAUCUCGCUUAUUAUUAAAAUCUUUUCAUACAUCUACCAAAGUUAUCAAAAUACAUAUAAUUCAUUUUGUCUUCAAAAUAUGGAUAUAUCAGUAUGCUUCUCUAAUGCUACUAUCAAAUGAACAUGUCAACAAUCAAACGAACCAUACCAUUCAUAGUAAUAAUAAUAUUAAUAAUAAUAAUAAUAUUAAUUUAAAUGAAAAAAUUGAUUUCAACCAAGGUAAAGAUCAAAUUAACAUGUACACAGAAACUUCACAAGAUACAUAUUUCGAAGGAAAUAAAAUUCAUCAAGUGAAAAAAUAUCUAUUUCAAGAUGAUAAUGUCAUAAAAGAUGAACAUAUACACCAAAUAGAUAAUGAGCAGGAAAAUAAUAAAAUGAAUCCCAACAAUAAAAAGAACAACAAUAAUAAUGACAAUAAUGAUAAUAAUAAUGAUAAUAAUGAACAUACAUUAACCAACUCAUUUUAUACAAACGACAAAUUUAGUAAAAACAAUAUUUCCAUAUUAAAAAAGCAUUUUGAAAAUUACGAAAAAUUAUGUAAACAAACUUUUAUGAUAGCAUUGAAAGAUCAAAAUUUUAAUGUUCAAGAUACCAGCAAAACGUAUAUUAAUAUCUUCUUAAGAUUAAAAGAAUUAAGUGCACAAAAAAAUAUUUCUUUAAAUAUAUUACAAGGAAAUUUUUUUAAUGAACAUGUAGAUAUUUAUUCCCUUCCUAUGUAUUUUUUAAAAGAUUUUUUUAGAAAUGAUGACAACAUCGUUUCUUCAAAAGUCUUACCAGAAAAUGAAAAGAAUUGCAGCAUGAAGGUGGAUGCUCAUGAAAAAAAAACAAGUGAUGACAAGAUAAAUGUGGAUGAUAAGAUAAAAGUUGAGGAUAAUACGAUAAAAACAAGUUAUGAUAAAACAAAUCCAUGUAAUGAUAAAAUAAAUGAAAAAUAUGAUUCAAACUCUUCACCAUGUGAAGAAAAUACUUCAAAUGAUUUUAACUAUACCAAAAAUCCAUUUUUAUUUCAACUAAAUACUGUAUCUAAUAUAUUAAAUAAAAAAAUUUCAUCAUAUGUGGAAUUACCUGAUUUUGCAAACGAUGACCUACCAAAAAUUGAACACAUUAAUAAAAAUGAAAAAAAAGAAAAUAUUACUAGCAUUUCUUCAAAAGAUAUACCGAGAAAUAAUCCAUAUAAUAAAUUCAUCAAUGAACGUGUUUUUACUAAUAUGGAUGAUUUCUAUAAAGAACAAAAUUUUCAUACAUGUCACCAAACAAAUAAAAACUCUUCAGGAAAAUAUAUGCUCUUUAAUAAAGGCACAAAAAUUCAAGGUGAAGACGAAGAAUCUGAGGAUGAAAAUGAACAUACAAAUGAACAUGCAAAUGAACAUACAAACGAACAUACAAAUGAACAUACAAAUGAACAUACAAAUGAACAUCCAACAUUUUGUAACAAUUCAAACAAUCAAUCCACAAGCAUUAAUAAUACUUCUCAUUUCAAACAUGAUCAAAUAAUCGAUGAACAAAUAAUCGAUGAACAAAUGGAUGAUAUAGAAAAAUUCUUUUUUAGUAACUCAGAUUAA